CCUUGCUACAUUGUAAUUUAGCUACAUAUAUUAAGAUAUUUUUUCGCGACGUGUGUGUGUUUUGUGUGUGGCAGUAGCGAACAGUGUGGGGAACUGAAGCCGGAAAGUUAAAUAUUUAUUAAAUCAUAUUGAUUCCUGGUGAGUUACGCGGAUGCCGAAUUGAGGAGUGGUUCAUAACAAUCCGCUGAAGGCCUUGAAUCUCAGUGCACGUUUCUUGUAAGCGACAAAUGAACACUGCAGCGAUUAAUGGAGAGGUUGAUCAACGGAGUUCAAUAUGCGGGUGUCGUCAUACGAAAAUGACACGUACCACGGGAGCUCACUGUGCACUCUCUCACCAGUUGCAGAAAGGAAGUGAUGAUCAUGAAAGCUCAAGCUAGUUAACGGUGUACACCAAGCAAAUAACUGUAUUUUUGUAUAGAGAUAGCUAAUUAACCAAUACUAGGAACACGAUACCGGUUUAGCCGGCAGGCUAAUGUCAACUAAUGAGGAAUAACGAUAGUUCGCACAGAAAACAAUCGGUCUUGACAAACUUUGCUAAACAACGGUCAGUCAGCUAUGGGUAAGAAGCAGGGGUGCAGAGGCAGUUUGGAGAUGACCUCCCUACAGUAGCUCUCUGGGCUGUACAGCUGAUCCCGGCGACCCUGUAUGGCGUGUCCGGUCCAGUUCUUUUUCCGGGUGCUUCGCACUGUUGGAUUAGUUCUCCUCUACUAUAUCUUCUCCAUAGGCAUCACCUUCUACAACAAAUGGCUGAUGAAGGGAUUUCACUAUCCCCUCUUCAUGACGUUAGUUCACCUCGCCAUCAACUUCAGCCUGUCGGCUCUGACGCGACGGGUCAUGCAGUCCCGGACAGGGAAGCCCCGCAUCAUUCUGAGCUGGACAGAGUACCUCCUUAAAGUAGCUCCUACUGCCGUGGCCACUGCACUGGAUAUUGGACUUUCCAACUGGAGCUUCCUCUUCAUCACCAUUAGCUUGUACACCAUGACCAAGUCCUCAGCAGUGCUCUUUAUCCUCUUUUUCUCCCUGGUGUGUAAACUUGAGGAACCGAACCCAUUCCUGAUCCUGGUGGUCCUGCUGAUCUCCAGUGGCCUGUUUAUGUUUACAUUCCAGUCGACCCAGUUCAACCUGGAGGGAUUCAUCAUGGUGCUGCUGGCGUCGUUUAUAGGGGGGAUCCGUUGGACCCUCACUCAGCUCCUGAUGCAGAAAGCAGAGCUGGGCCUUCAGAACCCAAUAGACGCCAUGUACCACCUACAGCCUCUCAUGUUCCUUAGCCUCUUCCCCCUCUUCCUGUACAAUGAAGGGCUGAGCCUCAGUACCUCAGAGAAACUGUUCCGGGUGACGGAGCUCUCCCCUCUCCUUUAUUCACUCCUCACGCUCAGUAUUGGCGGCUCACUGGCCUUUGGUUUAGGCUUCUCAGAGUUCCUUCUAGUCUCCCGAACCUCCAGCCUCACUCUUUCCAUAGCAGGGAUCUUUAAGGAGGUGUGCACUCUGGUUUUGGCAGCAGCUUUGGGAGACAGAAUGAGUGCAAUUAAUUGGCUGGGAUUUGCUGUGUGUCUGUGUGGCAUUUCGUUGCAUGUGGGACUCAAGACAUAUUAUUCAAAAAAUAAGGUCCCGUCUUUAAGGCAGCUGAGCAGUAAGAGCCCAGAGCUCGAGCUGCCAUUACUGCAGCAGAGCAGAGACGAAGCCGAGGACUCAGCCGCUGAUUACAAUGACGAAGACGAGGAGCAAGAAAUCACUCUGCACUGAAGUACUGACUGUCGUCAUGCUGCUCAUUCUCUUCCAUCUCUUCCAUCAGACGGUUUGAACAGUGAGGCCAAAAACUGUCUGGGACACACUGCCACAGAAAGAGGGAACAGCCUCUUCCGCUCUUUACUUCCACUCAUCAGGACUUCAGGCGAGGCCAGGGCCUCAUUAUUAGCUCUACAUUCACUGUGGACUUUGAACGUGACGCAAGUUAUGAUAUUUUGCCUUAAGGGUGCCUCAGAAAUGUAGCUAAUACAUGAAAGUGUCAACAAAGUAUGAUGUAUGGAGGAAGAGAACUGAUUCUUUGACACCUUGAAUUGCAGUGGGACAUUUUUCUUUGCUUAGAUACUUGUCACACUGUGGGAAGAUAUUCUUAUUUAAUUAUAUAUACCUCUAUGCAUAUGUGUAUAAAGGUAUAUAUUAAUAGCGUUCUGCAAAGUGCACAUGUCCCUGCAGAGUUGAGAAACUGCAGAGCACUGUGGAAACUUCCUCAUGCAGUUACAAGUGCUUGAUUGAAGUGUUCUGGUAUCUCGGUAAUGAAGAGUGGGAGCAGUGCUAACCUAAGUGCAGAUUACAUUUUUUUUUCCUUCCCCUUAAGUAUGUAGCCUGAUUACCAAGAAAGGGCCAUCUGUAAGUUAUUUUGUGUAAAAGAAAGAUUAACAGUACAUGUAUUAUAUAGUUCCUCAGAUUCCUAUUUUAGCAGAUGGAUAUGCUGUUCUUCUUUGUGGGCUGAUUUAUCAAAGCUAACAUACAAUUUAAUACAACUACAUCAACGAGAACUGUAGGGCUGCAACAAUUAUAAUCACCAUAGACAAAAUCUGCAGGUUGUUUUCUUGACCAAUCAAAUAAUUGUGUGGUCAAACAUUAAUCGAAAUGUAACGGAUGCCAAGCCAUGACUCAGAUGGCUGAAAAGAUAUGAAGUCCUAAGAGUAAAGUAGACACGUAAUGCACCGUUACAGUGAUCAGUCACGUCAGGCUUGGUGGAAUAAAGGCCCUCUGAUUUUUAAACAUUUUAAAAAUAAAAUAACUUCAAAGUCGUGCUCUAACUGAACAUAAAGGAUUAACUGAAUUCAAGACAUGAGCUGCAGGGUUGGAGACGAGCGGGGCUAAAAGGAAUGGUUUCCAGCCGUUUGAGUCAUUAUUUGAAGAGAUGCGAAAUUACAGCACCUUAAUGUGCCUUGUUAAUACCACAGAAUUCCAAAAGACUACUUUAAAGAGCUAUUUUCAAAAUCCAUUAUGAUUAAAACUUUGUGUAGCUGAAGUACUUCAGUUUUAAGCCAUUUAAGAAAGUCUGUGAAUUUUUUUUUUUUUUUUUGGUCAUGAUUUUCUGUAAAAAUGCUGCAUUGCUGCAAAAGAAAAAGAGGUUAAAAAACAACAUCUUUGUGAAUGCAGAAUAAACCUGUGUGAUAACUAACA